ACCAGUCGAGGCGAGCCUGCGGAGUUCGGAGCGCAGGCCUUCCGCCGAGUUGAUCUUACGGUUGCAGGUCUCUGUGGGCCGCGCGGUCUACGGUCGGGCUGAGACGCGCGCUGCAAUGGCGACCUUUGUGAGCGAGCUGGAGGCGGCCAAGAAGAACUUGAGCGAGGCGCUGGGGGACAACGUGAAACAAUACUGGGCCAACUUGAAGCUGUGGUUCAAGCAGAAGAUCAGCAAGGAAGAGUUUGAUCUUGAAGCCCACAGGCUCCUCACACAGGACAACGUCCAUUCUCACAAUGAUUUCCUGCUGGCCAUCCUCACACGUUGUCAGAUUUUGGUUUCUACACCAGAGGGUGCUGGAUCUUUGCCCUGGACAGGGGGCUCUGCAGCCAAGCCUGGAAAACCCAAGGGCAAGAAAAAGCUUUCUUCUGUUCGUCAGAAAUUUGAUCAUAGAUUCCAGCCUCAGAACCCCCUCUCUGGCGCUCAGCAGUUUGUGGCAAAGGAUCCCCAGGAUGAUGAUGACUUGAAACUCUGUUCUCAUACUAUGAUGCUCCCCACACGAGGUCAGCUUGAAGGGAGAAUGAUCGUGACUGCCUACGAGCAUGGGCUGGACAACGUCACCGAGGAAGCUGUUUCUGCUGUUGUCUAUGCUGUGGAGAAUCACCUCAAAGAUAUACUGACUUCAGUUGUGUCGAGAAGGAAAGCUUACCGGGUCCGAGAUGGCCAUUUUAAGUACGCUUUUGGUAGUAAUGUGGCCCCACAACCGUACCUGAAGAAUAGUGUGGUGGCUUACAACAACUUGGUUGAAGGCCCUCCAGCCUUUUCUGCUCCCUGUGCCAGUCAGAAUUCAGCUUCUCAACCACAUCCUGACGAUGCUGAACAGCAGGCUGCAUUCCUGUUGGCAUGCUCUGGGGAUACUCUACCUGCAUCCUUGCCCCCGGUGAACAUGUAUGACCUUUUUGAAGCUCUGCAGGUACACAGGGAAGUCAUUCCUACACAUACUGUGUAUGCCCUUAACAUUGAAAGGAUCAUCAUGAAACUUUGGCACCCCAAUCACGAAGAGCUACAACAAGACAAAGUCCACCACCAGCGCUUGGCAGCUAAAGAAGGACUUUUGCUCUGCUAAAUUAGGAUUUGAAGAUUUGGAACCAUCACUAAAUUGGUUGCUGAAAAUUGAAUGCUUUUCAGUCCACAUUUCAAAACUGAAGUGUAUAAUGUGUAUAUAACCUUUCCUAUGGAAAUGACAUUGAGUGCAUUUUGUGUUGCUACUGUGAAGCCAUUAAUAUAUGUCUGAUGAUGACCUGUGUGUGUCCCCCCAGGUAUAGGAGCAGGCAUUGUUCUAUUCCUGAAUAGGGAUGUUAAGGCAACCAAGGUGUAGUAUCUCUGGUCUGUUGGUAAGAUAGGUGACCUAGAAUAAAGAUGCUAUUGUAGCUCAGGCCCCAUGAUUAGCGGGACUAUUGUAUGUGAAUGAUGUAUGUUCUGUAUCCAACAGUGAAAAAUCUGCUUUUCCUGAAGAACUAUACUCUGCAUAUUGGUGGAAUAACCUGUUAGAAUUCUCCUUUAGUGACUACUUAGCAGAUAGAGAAGUUCCCAGGCAAUCUACUGUUUUCACUCAAGAACAGGAUUUGGAUAUGCGGUUUUUUUUGCAUUUAAUACUUUAGUCCAAUACUUAGAAUACAGUUAUCCUUGUAGUGUUUUCUUGUAAUUCAGUUGUUUUAGCAUAAAGGCUGAUGGGCAAGCCUUCAUGAAAUCUUACAAAUUGCUAAUUUUCAUAUUUCUACAAAAUAUUUGGUUUACUCUUUCAGGGGGUACUAUGAACUACAUUUGACAGUGUUACUGGUAACCAACUUGUUUUAAAGCUAUGUUGCUUUUCAUUCAUAUAGUGUUGAUGGAUAAAAUAGAUGUACAUAUAGAUUUUCAUUGGCCUAAACAUUAGAUACAUGUGAGUAUUUUUGUGUGUUCCUAUAUCUGGAUAUGUGAAUUUGGUUUUGUAUUUUAAAUGUGACAAAUAAACGUUUUGGGAGUAAA